AAGGAGAUUUGAAAGCCAAUCUGGUGAAGGGAUGGUAUACCCUUCCAGACAAUUGCCUAGUGGUACCAGUUUCACUCGCCUGGCCUUUAGUAUCAGAGACACACCAAACCUCACAUAGUGGCAAAACGGCUUUGGCCCAACAGUUGCAAGCAACAUUCUACAUACCUAACUUGCAGAAUCUGGUUGCCAAAGCAACUUCCCAAUGUCCUACGUGCGCACAAGUAAAUGCUAAGCAAGGACCGCGUUUACCACCAGGACAGCAGCUUACUAGUCCUACUUACCCAUGGAUUAUUUAAUGGUGGAUUUUACUGAUAUGCCCAAAUGCAAUGGUUAUAAAGCGCUGCUCAUUUUCAUUGACACUUACUCUGGAUGGAUUGAGGCCUUCCCCACUCGAAAUAAGUUAGCUAUACAAAUAGCACGCUUUCUUUUAAAGGAAAUAAUCCCUAGAUUUGGAUGUCCAUCUACCAUCAGCUCUGACAAUGGCCCAGAAUUUGUGCAACGUAUAAAUCGCCACUUGGCUGAAGCUGCAGGCCUGAAAUGGCGGUAUCACUGUUCGUUUCGGCCAGAAUCGAGAGAGAAGAUUGAAUGUGCGAAUCGAUCAUUGAAAGCAAUCAUUACAAAACUGUGCUUAGAAACCCACUUGCCAUUGCUUCAAGUUUUCCCCAUGGCCUUGUACAUUUUUAGAACAGCCCCUCAAACCAAAUACCAGCUGUCUCCUUUCGAACUUCUGUAUGGGAGAUCCCCUGCCUUGUUCAAGCACCACUUUCAAGGCUGGCCAGAUUUAGUUCAAAAAGUGGGGGUAGAAGCAAGAAAAUUACUUUUGCAGUUACAACAGCACAACAAUCAUGUCAACAAACUGAGGCAUUAUAUGCAGGAAUGUAGACCUCCCCCUAUUACAACUACAGGUCACAACUACAAACCUGGUGAUAGAGUAUGGAUAAAACAUUGGAAAAAUGAGCCUUUAAAACCUAGAUGGAAAGGGCCAUAUACUGUUGUGAUGUGUUCACCUCUUGCAGUUAAGACCUUGGAAGGAAGAUCCUGGAUCCACUGGAUGAGACUGAAGCCCGCAGACCAGAGUGAUCCAGUCACAUACCAGGUGACAAAAACUGACAGGCCCUUGGUGUUGAGGUUUAAGAAGAAUACACCCUGCUGAGUCCUACCGGCAAUGGACUCUCAAUGCAUGGUGGUGAUCGUCAGCCUUGCUGAACCACCCCGGAAGCUGGUUCCCAGCGCACGGCCGAAGCUUGGAACGGAGAAAGACAACAUUCCAAGAUUGUAAAUUGUAAUGUAAAACCCAUUAACAGUGAUAGUAUCCAGUAAGCACUUAUUAAAAACACACUCAUGGUU